AUGGCCUUUGGUAGUCAUUGUUACUAUUUGAGUCAUAUGGAAGCAACGGUUGAUGAUGCUAUGGAUUUUUGUAAGCAAAAUGGAUCGUAUUUGAUCGAAAUAAAUUCCCCUUUGGAAAACACCUGGAUCAAAGAUUCCUACCUGCUUCCGGUUAAUGGUGUCACAGACACAUGUCCAAAAUUCUAUAGCUGUUCUGUUUGGAUUGGAGCCAGAUAUCUAUCGUCCUCAGGGAAGUUUGUCUGGAAUCAAACUGGAGAGGAGAUGGUUUAUCCCGAGUGGGAUGUUAAUCAACCAAACAACCGCAAAGGGCAACAGGAUUGUGUUGUGCUCAUGCGCAAAGGAAAGGCAAACGACAGGGGAUGCCGGGAUAAGUUCCAGUUCAUUUGCGAAAAGGCGGCAAAAGUUUUACCAUUUUUACCCCCUGAAGGAGAGGGCUAA